UACAAUCGAUAACUGAGACACAGUGGCGCCGCAGUUGCGUUUGAAUGCGCGCGAGUCCGCGGAAGGAUACGAGUUACCAGGAUGCUCGGGCUGAUAUACAGCGUUGCCAUAGACUACAAGCAAUAUAGAAGUAUCUGAAAACGUCUAUCCACUGAAUGUCGCGAUUGGUCAACCGGAAUUAUAAUUCCUGUAAUAAGUACAUUUAAACAUCUACAUUUUGCACCUUUACUGGAGGACACUGUGUGAUCUACAAGGAAGAGGUCAACACAAACUUGAACCUCUGUAAUUUACGUCUAUGGAUAGCCUACUUAUUCUUAUUUUAGAUUCGGAACAUAAUUAUUUUCUCUACCCCUGUUGGUGGAAAAUUAACUUCUGGACUGGAAAUAGCUGGAAAUCUCUCAUCUGGACCUUCAGACUCCUCUACAAGACUCAAGUCUGCCGAUGGCUGGGGUAACUUUCAUCACAAGUUCUAUGUCGUCAUGCCACUGGUGUCUGGUCCAUGAGCACAGCUGGAUUGAACAGAAUGAUCACUGACUUGAGGAGGACCAGACUCUCCUAGCUCACACACACAGCCAGAGAGAGCAGAGAGAGGGAGCGAGAGAGAGCGUGUGCUCAACUAGCAGGUCAUCCAGCUCAUAAAAUCUGUUGUGUUCUGACAACGAGAACAGAGAGCAGCAAGAAGAUUUCAUUUAACAGGCACAACACACUGCGCGUUCUGAAAUGCACGGAUUAUGGAAACCACAUUUUAUCAAUACACCGUACAUUUCCAGUGUUCAGGCUUUUUGGUGACAGUAAAAGAGUAGCAAGAAGACUUCAGGAGUGUUUUCAAAAAGGGAAAGAAUGAAGCAAACCUCUGGACUCGUGGCUGUAUGAAAGAUGCCAUGAAGAAAAGAAGGAUACAUCACCUCUAACUGAACUUGUUUUUGACAAUCUAUAAUUGUUAAUAAGGGACAAUAUGAACUUGCAUGCCAACAUUUCAAAACUUGUAUCUAAAAGCAUCUUCACCUCUUCGAACCUGAUGCCCUUUGACCCUGACACCUGGACACCAAGCCCGGACAUCAUGCUGGGUAAUGUGGUCCGUAACAGUUCGUUUGGCUGUAACAGAAGUUGGGCUGAUAUAGAAGCAUCUCUCUUCCCCAAUCUAUCCAUCAGCGGCACUUCCAGUGAAAGAAAAGAACAACUGUCAUGGCAAAGGUGCAACGGCGAGAUGAGUAAAGAGGAGUUAGUUCGGAAAAACUGGGUUGCGCUGCUGAUUUUGAUUGCGGUCAUUGUUACGGUUACCGGGAACAUUUUAGUAAUCAUGGCUGUCAAUCUGGAACGAAAACUGCAAAAUGCCACCAAUUACUUUCUCAUGUCACUGGCAGUGGCAGAUAUGCUUCUGGGACUUCUGGUCAUGCCUGUCUCCAUGGUGACCAUUGUGUAUGAUUACUCCUGGCCCCUCCCUGCAUCACUCUGUCCCAUGUGGAUCUACUUGGAUGUUCUCUUUUCCACCGCCUCCAUCAUGCACCUGUGCGCUAUCUCCCUGGACCGUUAUGUGGCCAUCCGGAAUCCCAUCCGUCACAAUCGGUCAAACUCCCGCUCCCGCGCACGGGCCAAAAUCACGGCGGUUUGGACCAUCUCUGCAGGCAUCUCCAUGCCAAUCCCAGUGCUGGGUCUGCGCGAUCACACCAAAGUUUUCAAGGAUGGCAGCUGCCUAUUGACUGACAAUUCUUUUGUGUUGAUUGGGUCCUUUGUGGCCUUCUUUGUGCCAUUGACCAUUAUGGUGGUGACCUACUUCCUGACUAUCAGCGCUUUGCAGAGUGAGGCUACGCUCUGCCUUGAUCAGCUGGUGCCCAGGCCCAAAUGGAGUACAGGAUUCACUCUGAACUUCCUUCCUGGCCCAUCGCUCUCACCCUCAGAGAAGAAACUCUUCUUGCGGCGCUCGUUGAGCCGCGAGGCAGGGACAGAGUCAGGGGUUGUGACGCCACCUUUCGGACGGCACAGCGUGCAGUCCAUCAGCAACGAGCAGAAGGCCUCCAAAGUUCUGGGUGUGGUCUUCUUCCUGUUCGUGGUCAUGUGGUGUCCCUUUUUCAUCACAAACGUUUUGGCAGUGGUUUGCGAGCCGGCGGCGUGUGACACUGAUAUAAUGAACGGACUGUUGAAUGUGUUUGUGUGGGUUGGUUACCUUUCCUCCGCUGUUAACCCCCUGGUUUACACACUCUUCAACAAGACUUACCGCUCGGCCUUUGCUAGAUAUAUCCGAUGCCAGUUUCACGAAGAGAAGAAACCGCUACAGCUAAUUCUGGUCAACACCAUUCCACCGCUGGCCUAUCAGUCCACACACCUGCCGCUCACUGGAUCAAUAGGCAAUGGGGAUUUUUCUCUGCCUCUUCCCAAUAAAAAUCUGUCCAAAAUCCGUAAAAAUGAGAGUGUCAGCUGCUUGUGAAUUCCCUCAAUGAACUCACAAAAUGCCAACUGUAACCCUGGAUUUUCUUCUGAGUUCGUGUUUGGCAUUCUAUCCGUCUUACCUCUAAAGAAAUCAGCUUUGAUUGGUCUAAAGUAUUAGUAUUCAAAGCCCAACUGCAGCUUUGAACAAACUGCAUCACAGUCCAUGACUUGAUCACAGGGUACUGAUACAUCAAAAGACAUUCGUCUGAAUGGGAUCUGUCCUUAGUACCAUCAGUGUCAGUUGAAUCAAUGGGAUAAAACUUCUCUGGUUAUAAAAAUUGUAUAUAAGUGUUAAGUCAGAGUUUCGGUUUAAUGUCAAGACUUUUCAUUUUUAUGUAGCACUUUAUAUUCCAGAAGGCAAAGUCUAAAUUCAUGGGAGUUCAGCUGUGUUUUGUUUACAGUGUCAGGUUUUUGAAAACAAGUGUGGAUAAAAGUUGUGAUGUGACUAGAGUUUUGUACUGUCAAACGAUUGAGAUGAUGUAGCCUCAUUCAUAAGCUGCUGGUUUAUCAUUUUACAUUUGCAUUCAAUGUCAUGGAAAAGAACUACAAGAAUCCUAUAGAAGCCUGUUUCCACUUCAGAGUACAAACUAAAUAAGGUAAUUGUGAAAUUUAAGUUUAAAAUAAGAAAUAAAGUAAAAUGGUAAAAUGAUAAAGGUGAAAAAUAUAAAAGUACAUAUGUGAGAUACACUAUACUUCUCAAAAGUUUGGGGUUAGUAAGAUUUUUAAAUAUUUUUGAAAGAACUUUCUCAUGGUCACAAAGGCUGCAUUUAUCUGAACAGCAAUAUUGUAAAAUAUUCAGUUCAAAAUAACGGU